AGCGCCAGCAAAACCAAGACCAAGAAGAAGCAUUUCGUGUGCCAGAAAGUGAAGCUAUUCCGGGCCAGCGAGCCGAUCCUCAGCGUCCUGAUGUGGGGGGUGAACCACACGAUCAAUGAGCUGAGCAAUGUCCCUGUCCCUGUCAUGCUAAUGCCAGAUGACUUCAAAGCUUACAGCAAGAUCAAGGUGGACAAUCAUCUCUUCAAUAAGGAAAACCUCCCCAGCCGCUUCAAGUUCAAGGAGUAUUGCCCCAUGGUGUUCCGAAACCUCAGGGAGAGGUUUGGCAUUGAUGACCAGGACUACCAGAACUCAGUGACACGCAGUGCCCCUAUCAACAGUGACAGCCAAGGCAGGUGUGGCACACGUUUCCUCACCACCUAUGACCGGCGUUUUGUCAUCAAGACUGUGUCAAGUGAGGACGUAGCUGAGAUGCACAACAUCUUAAAGAAAUACCACCAGUUCAUAGUGGAGUGUCACGGCAAUACCCUCUUGCCACAGUUCCUGGGCAUGUACCGCCUGACUGUGGAUGGUGUGGAAACAUACAUGGUGGUCACCAGGAAUGUGUUCAGUCAUCGGCUUACUGUACAUCGCAAAUAUGACCUCAAGGGUUCUACUGUUGCCAGAGAAGCAAGUGACAAGGAAAAGGCCAAGGAUUUGCCAACAUUCAAAGAUAAUGACUUCCUCAAUGAAGGGCAGAAGCUGCACGUGGGAGAAGAGAGUAAAAAGAACUUCCUAGAAAAACUAAAGCGGGACGUUGAGUUCCUUGCCCAGUUGAAGAUCAUGGACUACAGUCUGCUGGUGGGCAUCCACGAUGUGGACCGGGCAGAGCAGGAGGAGAUGGAGGUGGAAGAACGAGCCGAGGACGAGGAGUGUGAGAAUGAUGGGGUGGGCGGCAGCCUGCUCUGCUCCUACGGCACACCUCCAGAUAGCCCUGGCAACCUCCUCAGCUUCCCCCGGUUCUUUGGACCAGGCGAGUUCGACCCCUCUGUCGACGUCUAUGCCAUGAAAAGCCAUGAAAGUGCCCCUAAGAAGGAGGUCUAUUUCAUGGCCAUCAUCGAUAUCCUCACACCGUAUGAUGCUAAGAAGAAAGCCGCACAUGCUGCCAAAACAGUGAAACAUGGGGCAGGGGCUGAGAUCUCCACUGUGAACCCGGAGCAGUACUCUAAACGCUUCAAUGAGUUCAUGUCCAACAUCCUGACGUAGUCGUCUCUACCUUCGGCCAGGGCCAGACUGCUGGACAAGGGGUCGGGGAUCGGGAGAGGGCUAGAAGGGAGGGUAGGGAGCAGAGGGGGGUCAGGAGGCCUUUAGGAAAGGGACUGCAGGGUGUGACACAGAGCGAGUCUAGCCGGGAGGGAGGGAGGGAGGGAGGGAGGGGACGGGACAUGCUGUUCACAGGAUGUAGUCUUACUUCCUGCUCACCCUUGAUAGGCCCCUUUUGUCCCUGGUUAAAAUGGGGCUCCCUCUUUGGCAUCUUGUAACCUUUGACGAUACCUUGGGGCUAGAGAUGACUUUUGUGGGUUUAUUUGGGUUUGUUUCUUAAAUUCAUUGCUCCAGGUUUGCUAUUUAUACUGCUCUAUGUCACCACCCUAGCCACCUUCCCUAUUCCUAUCAGGCCCUCAGUUCCCUUCAGUUAAGACUGGCCCAAGGGCCAUGAACACAGUUGCUCUGACACUAUGAGAAGAGGUCAGACACCUCAGUCAGCCAUGUUUGGAUCUCAGCUAGAAGGACUUUUUAGUUUCCUGGAGUAUUGUGCAUAGUUCCCUCCAUGUUUCCACCUUGGAUCCAAGUGAAGUGUUACAGUCACUCCUCCAUCCUGCCCUCGCAGAAGAAAAUGGCAGGUUGACCCUGACAUCUUGGACCAGAGUCAGAGGCCUCAGCGGGGAACAGGUUCAACUUCAUGAGAUGGUGAGUGACCAGAAAGCAGCUGGGCCCUCAGACAGCUGGUUCUCAAAGAGCCCAGUGCUCCACCCCAGCCACCCGCACCUCUGACCUGGAAUUUCAAUGUCUGUCAAGCCUGCCUCCCACUGGCUCAAGGGAAACUAGAAAGCGUCUCACAUUUAUCAGGACCUGUGUUUCAAUGGCUGUUUCCCUUUGGGAAAAUCCCAGAAACUAAGACGUGUCAAACGGGGUCGUGUGCAUCUGUACCACUUCGUGCAGUCACCUGUAAGCGGCAUGUGGUCAGGGGCAGAGCCCUAAGUACCCGGGUGCUCACUGCAGAGACACCACUCCAAGCCCCGGCCUACCGUGUAGGUGUCUGGCCCCCUGUGCCUGUGACUUCUCACCUGGACAGCUUCAGCCAGCAAGGUGCUCCACCCGAGGUUGCUUGAGUCACUUGAGGAUGUGACCCAGGAAAGCCUGUCUGGAGGCCACUUGUGGGGCUCGACCCAUCCCCAGCCUCGGGGCUGGUUUCCUUGUUGCCCCCUCACCCUUUCUGAACUUGGGAUCUGUCUACAGGCCUCCUCGGAAAGAGCCACACCCUGCAUCCUCCUUCAGGAUCCUGGCCCAGGGCCUCAGAAGGGAGCUAUACAAGUCAUUCUAAUGCCACCAGAGCAACUGGUGGCCAGAAAGAAAAAAUGGGCCCGUUGGCCUUCACUGGGAGAGGUACAUUCCUACCUCCUCCCAACCCCUCAGAAGGAAUCAGGAAUUUAGGAUGAGAUGGAAAAUGUGUAGAUAACCCCAAAGACGUGAAGCGGGUCUGUGGAACUAUCUCGGGUGAAUAGAUGAUUUCCUGUGACUGCUCCCAAACUAGCCGAGCUCAGCUUUGGAGCUGGAGCCAUUGUGCAGUGUCCUCUCUACCCAGCACUAAGAAAGGAAGCAAGAUGACAGUCUGGGCUUCUUUUUUUCUAGGGCCACCACAUUGAGUGGAAGCCCUUGGUGAGGCAGGUGAGGGCCACACUCCUUCCCAAGAAGAGCAUAGAUGAGGUUCUGGGGGCAGAGCCGUCAGGGUCUUGGGGAAGUACUCAGAACCAUGUGGUUCAUGGAGAAAUGUUUUUAAUUUAGGAGAGGGUUAUAUAGGAAUAAUGUCUGGACAGUGAUUUCCCCACCCCACAAUCAAGAGUGAAAAAUCUGGAUCUGCUCCCAGGAGCCCCAAGCUUGGAAGCCAGGCUCCUGGCGGAUCCUGUUGUCAUGCAUAUGAAAGUGUAACAAUCUUAUCAAAGCAACUACCGGGUAUCUAACUUGUUUAACAUUGAGUUUUGUGGGUUUUUUUUUUUUUUGUAUAUUGUUUACAAUUUUGAAAAGUAGCAUUCUGUUUCAAAUGCUCUGUUUUCCUGACAGUAUUGUUGAGUGGGUCAAACUAAUUGAGCUGUGGUUUGGUGGACUUUAUGUUGUGUUUUCAGUCAUUCUCUGUGCUGUCUUCAAAACCUUGGGUUUGGCCCUCUGAUUCCUUUGACAUUCAUAUGUUUAAAAGCUAUUUAUCUUGGUUCAUAUAAGUUUUCUUUCUCUUUGUGACAAAGAUGUGCUGUUGGGCUUCAAUCUCAAAAUGAUCACACACACACACACACACACACACACACACACACAAUCUAUAUGCUCCCUCUUUUCGGAGUCCCACCAUUCACUUUCUGGACAGCAGGUGUUGAGACCCUUAACUUCACUCCUCAGGGCCAAGAACGGCCAAACCGUCUUAUGGCAUCCAGAAUCCUUCUGGGUCUUCCAGGAAUAGAACUUUCAGCAGAAAGACCCAGACAAUUGGGUGAGGCCUGGAUUUGGGAAAGGGAGGGAACCCCAUCCCAGUUCCUCAUCCAGCCACUUACUGUGUGGCUCCAGUCACAACUUCUCUGGUCCCCAUCCCUCCUGUGGAAAGUGUGAAGCUGAGGAAGUGUGCAGCUCAAGUGAGGGCUACUAUGAAAACUGACACUUAGUAAUGGCCUCAGGCUGUGUUCCCAGUCUAAGCCCCUCCCUGUGUCAGCAUGCGGGGCGGGGCCAGGGGUUUGGCUCUGCUGCAGUGCUCAUUCUCUCCUUAUCUAGCUCAGGGGUUACUGGUCUGUGGCUGGCGCCAUGAGUGGCCCCCAGGCUGUUCUCAGUGGCACUAUAGUCCCCCACCCCCCAGGCAGCUCUUCCUCUCCCCUCCCCAAGUCACUUUGCUUCAUCCUGGGCUUUGGGCCUGAACAGGUCCCCUAGCAGGGCUCAAGGCAGGAGACUGGAGUCCUGCGGAGCCCUCCCCUCCUCACAGUGUGCCAGGCCUGCCUGGGGAGGUGGACCAAAGGACCCAGGACUUUCCCGGUAGCCAACCCCCCCCCCACCCCCAUUGUCUUUUUAUCACUUCAGGUUGAGAGGGAAAAGCGUUAGUUUGUUCCAGCACUUGACCUACUCCAGAGUGUUUCGGGCACAAAGGACAAUGCAUUCAGUCCUCAGAGCUCCGUGUGUGGUGUCCUGAGUUUAGAGACCUCACCUCUUUGUGGCAGUAAUGGGGGUUUGGGUCCAAAGGGAAACACAUUUAGACAGCUGCCCCAAAUCUGCCAGCCAUGGUCCCAGUCCUCCUCUGAAAUAUGCCACUUAGGAAGAGUGACUCAAAGCUGUCCUUCAACAGGUUGAGACACCAGAAAGGGGGCUGGGAGACACUAAAAGAGCCUGUCACUUGCCCACAACCAUUUUGUGAGGUGGGAGCCCAUACAUUUAGGGGGAGCCCGUCUGCUCGGCACAUCUUGGCAGCAGGUCAGAACAUUGAACAUACAAAAUGUGAAUAAAGUCUGGAGUCACCUUUGGGACCGAAGGAUUAAAGUACCACCCACCACAUGUGACUUCUCCAUUUCUGGCUGCAAGUUCCAUUUUUUUAAAUAGGAAUUUUCACCCCUGUGCUUGUCUAAUGUCUGCUCUGAACAGUUCAAGCCCUUGUUGCUGUUUUAAAAUGCAUGCGUGUUAAAAUGAGACUCCAACCGGAGGACAAAAUAAAACUCAAAAAGUUUUGUGUA